CCUCUCUUUCGCUGGGCGCUGGGCCAUCUUCCUCGCGGCCCUCCAGCUUCCGUGGCGUGUUUUGUUUGCGACGCUGUCGUGUCACAGCGCGCUUUACGGUCGCGGGGACGGAGCGAGCCGGUGCCAGGGCCACUCGGGCCGGGAAGCAGGGCAGGCGAGCGAGGUUGAUGCCCGGCGGCGGGGCAGGCGCGGCGUCUGSCCGGCUUCUCACCGCCGCGGAGCAAAGGGGAGCCCGGGAAGCAGCGACGUUCAGGAGCGGCCCGGGGGGCUCCGGCGGCGGCGGCGGCGGCGGCAGAGGCGGAGCAGGCGGCCCCGGGCCGGGCAGCGGAGGCCCCGGCGGCCCCGCGGGCAGGAUGAGCCUGACCCCGAAGGAGCUCUCGAGCCUGCUGAGCAUCAUCUCCGARGAGGCGGGCGGCGGCAGCACCUUCGAGGGCCUGUCCACCGCCUUCCACCACUACUUCAGCAAGGCCGACCACUUCCGCCUGGGCUCGGUGCUGGUGAUGCUGCUGCAGCAGCCGGACCUGCUGCCCAGCGCGGCGCAGCGCCUCACCGCGCUCUACCUGCUCUGGGAGAUGUACCGCACCGAGCCGCUCGCAGCCAACCCCUUCGCCGCCAGCUUCGCGCACCUCCUCAACCCCUCGCCGCCCGCCCGCGGCGGCCAGGAGCCCGACCGGCCGCCGCUCUCAGGAUUUUUACCUCCUAUAACUCCGCCAGAAAAGUUUUUUCUUUCCCAGCUCAUGCUGGCACCCCCAAGGGAACUCUUCAAAAAGACACCUCGCCAGAUCGCUUUGAUGGAUGUCGGAAACAUGGGCCAGUCUGUGGACAUUAGUGGGCUUCAGUUAGCUUUGGCUGAACGCCAGUCUGAACUGCCAACUCAAAGUAAAGCCAGCUUCCCUAGUAUUCUCAGUGAUCCAGACCCGGAUUCUUCUAAUUCUGGAUUUGACAGCUCAGUUGCCUCCCGGAUCACAGAAUCUUUAGUCAGUGGACCAAAACCACCUAUUGAAAGCCAUUUUCGGCCAGAAUUCAUCCGUCCGCCACCUCCACUCCACAUUUGUGAGGAUGAACUGGCUUGGCUCAAUCCUACAGAGCCUGACCAUGCUAUUCAGUGGGAUAAAUCUAUGUGUGUUAAGAAUAGCACUGGUGUGGAGAUCAAGCGAAUUAUGGCAAAAGCCUUCAAAAGCCCCUUAUCUUCUCCCCAACAAACACAGCUCCUUGGUGAAUUAGAAAAAGAUCCCAAACUUGUUUAUCAUAUUGGCCUCACUCCAGCCAAACUUCCAGACCUAGUGGAAAACAACCCUCUAGUUGCAAUAGAAAUGUUGCUGAAAUUAAUGCAGUCAAGCCAGAUCACUGAGUAUUUCUCUGUCCUGGUCAAUAUGGACAUGUCUUUACAUUCAAUGGAAGUCGUAAAUCGAUUGACUACAGCUGUUGAUCUACCUCCUGAGUUUAUUCACCUUUAUAUAUCAAAUUGCAUCUCUACUUGUGAACAAAUUAAGGAUAAAUAUAUGCAGAAUCGUUUGGUGCGUCUUGUGUGUGUGUUUCUUCAGUCCUUGAUCCGUAAYAAAAUUAUUAAUGUGCAGGACUUAUUUAUAGAAGUGCAGGCCUUCUGUAUUGAAUUCAGUAGGAUACGAGAAGCCGCAGGCUUAUUCCGGUUGUUGAAGACACUGGAUACUGGAGAAACGCCUUCAGAGACCAAAAUGUCAAAAUAAUACCUCACCAGAACUACCCAAUUUGUUGUUCAACUGUAUUGAUUAGUUUUUAAAACUUAAAACAGUGGAUUGCUUGGUCUUAUACAUAUAAACAACACUUUAAUCUACUUUAAAGCAAAA